CGGGUUUAGAGGACCCUUCAGUUCACUAUGGCGGCGCCCGGUGGUACUCUGAAUUGUGAGGACUUUUUAAUGUUUCAGGAAGUGUUAAAAACAAUGCGUACCUUUGAUGACAGGAUUGUCCACGCUCUCAACACCACCGUGCCCACGGUGUCCUUCUCAGGCAAAGUGAACGCCACACAGACCUGUAAAGAGCUCUAUGAAUCUCUAAUGGAGGCCCAUAUGAGUAGAGAUAAAGCAAUAAAAGCAUGUAUUCUAGAAACAUCAGAAGUUGUCGGACGGUUACGUGAAGCGAGGGCGAAGGACAGCGACAACCUGUCAAUCAUCAGACAACUCAGGAAAGAACAGAACAAGUUAAAACUCAUGCAGUCAGAACUGAACAUUGAAGAAGUCAUCAAUGAUCGCAGUUUGAAGGUUUUCAAUGAACGAUGUCGAAUCCACUACAUCCCUCCUAAGAUCAAUUAAGCCUCAUUGCCCUUUGGAGAGAUUUACAGUAUUCACUGCAAUGGCUGUGAUUCACAACUGGAGUGAAUUGGAAUGCUGCUCUGAUUCCCACUGUUAGUCUGAACUCCUGUGUUUGUAAAUGAACAUGAGACUUCUGCUCUUCAUACAGCUGUUGGACAAAAUGGAUUUUAUAAAGAAUUUUUUUUUUCCAGUGGCCUGCGUGUUUUUAGUUCUACUCUCUCGCUUAACAAUUUACACUGCAACCUGAAUGGUGAGGAUGAAAUGAAAUUGUGUGUGCGUGCGUCUGUGCAGGAUUGGGGGGAAAGACCCACCGAUGGUACAUUUUGAUUAGACUCUUUUUAAAGGAAUGAAAUCGAGUAAUAGCUUGAUAAAUAAAGGUACUGCAGUCCGUCCCGGUCAUGUUCAUACUGUUAAUACCAGGAUUAAGGAACAGGACAGUUUCCUACAUAAUAAGUCAGGAAUAAAACACUUGAGGGUACAUCAGUAAUCAAUGAUGAUAUGGUGUGACAUGGCACGGCACGAAGUCUAGUUCCUGUAACCCCCAAAAAUUAUUUUCCAUAUUCACAUCCUGCACCGUCUUGUACCAGAGUGAUUCC